AUGGCCGUGCGAUUCCGACCUUCAGCCAUUGGGGAUCAACAAGUUUUGACUAUGGAAGGAGACUUAGCUGAUGCUGUGACGGAAGCAAUCGAGCCUGUCCAACAUUUGGAGAAGGAAUGGGAGCCUGCCAAGCUUUGCAAGAGACUUCGUGAUUAUUUCAAGAAGGCGGCAAAGUCUUUAGAAUUCAAAGACAGGUCAUGGAUGGGCUUGGUGAAUGACUUUGCUGACUCUGCAUUUUCCUCGAUCUUUCAAGCCAUCGGCGACCGGCGGUGGUUGGAUCGAGUCGAUUUCGUCUUCGUUCUGGAUGCUGGCAUCAAGGAGUUCUUUCCCAGACAUGUGCUUGAAGAUGUGCCGCAGAAGGACUUGGAGCGACUGGUCCUGGCGGCGCACGACCGAGCUUUCGAGGAACAAAGAUACCUGCCAAAGCUGUGGGACUUUCUCGACUCGAUGGGCUUAUCUGGCAAGACACGGAAGAAGGCCUAUGACAGCAUCGAUGAAGGUCGCAAGGUGGCCUUGAAAUACAUGCGAGAUCCGUCAGCUCCCGACGAGGUGAAGGCGUUUGUGUCGCGCUGGGUCGACUCCACGGUCAAGCACUUGCACAGAUUUACUCAGGGCGAGCCUGAAAGCGUCCUGGAUGAGAGCCAGGCAGCCCACGUCUUUGAGCGGCUCUUGAAGCUGGCGCCUGCCGCCAUGCAGAGCAUCAGUGCCACUUCAGAGGGCACGCGCAUCCGCCACUCCCAGAGCAGCGGUGAGCAGCUCGUCCUCGAAGGCGUUGAUCAGGACAAGCAUCUCUGGCAUGGCCGGGAGGCAGCCGCGGCCACCGUGCACAAUUAUGCGGCUGACAUGCAGGGUGCCGUACGUGGCACGUUGGGCGUGGUCCAAGGGGUCAUCUUCCCAUGCAUGGGGAAUAUCCUCGGAGUGAUCCUCUUCCUACGUGGGCCCUGGAUAGUUGGCAAGGGAGGCAUUCUCGAAGCUUUUGGCGUGGGCUUGGUUUGUUGCACAUGCACCUUCCUGACAACGCUCAGCCUCUCAGCAAUUGCUACGAAUGGAAAGAUCGCUGGUGGCGGCGCUUACUACUUGAUCUCGCGGUCCCUGGGACCGGCCUUGGGUGCUGGAGUGGGGCUCUGCUUCUACAUGGCCAACUCCAUCGGAGCAGCCAUGUACUUCAUGGGUUGUGUAGAGGCUUGGGAGAUAGCACAACCAGAGUACCAGAUCGGAGAGAUCGGAGACUUGAACAACGUUCGUCUGACGGGCUACUUGAUCCUAGUCUUCGCAGUAGUCAUCAUCUUUGGUGGAAUCAAGUAUGUCUCACGCUUGGGAACGGUUUUCCUCAUGGUGGUGUUGUUUGUGAUCCUCUGCAUGUACGUGGGCUGCUUGAUGGGCCCAAACGAGACGCGGCCUGCGACCUUCGCAGUCGACCUGGUCACUGCGGAUGGUUCAACGGUUCAGAAGACGCUCUCCUGGACAGGCCCGUCUGGGACUUCCUUCUCGGACAACUGGGCUUCUGCGUGGGAUGCCCCUCAGGGUGCUUUUCCCAAGGACACCACUCAGUACAGCUUCGUGAACAUGAUGGGUCUCUACUUCCCAUCUGUGACUGGCAUCAUGGCUGGCGCGAAUCGGUCGGCGGACCUCAUGGACCCCACGAGCGCCAUUCCCAAGGGGACUCUUUUCGCCCAGCUCUCCACAUCCUUUAUCUACCUUUCCUUCAUUUUUGUUUUCGGGAGCGUGGCUCCUCGAGAGACCCUUUUGAACGACAAGUUCUUCGCAGCAACCUCGGCUUUCCCCUUCAAGGAGAUUGUCAUCUACGGCGUCAUGGCAUCCAGCUUGGGCGCGGGCUUGAACUCGCUCGUGUCAGGUACCAAGCUUCUCAGCGCCAUCGCAGGUGAUGGCACUUUGCCCAUACUUCGCUUCUUCCGCGCCGCUCCGGGAAAAGAACCGCGACUGGCGCUUUUGGCGAGUGGAGCUCUCUGUGCACUGUCUAUCACCAUUGGUGAGUUGAAUGCCAUCGCUCCGCUGCUGACAAUGUUCUUUCUCAUGUGCUACACUUGUGUGAACAUGUCCUGUACCAUCCUUCACUUCGUCAGUGAUCCGAACUGGCGUCCCACCUUUCGUUACCAUCACUGGUCCAUUUCGCUCGUUGCCGCUGCUCUCUGCGUCUGGAUGAUGUUUGCCAUGGCUGCUGUGAUUGCCAUGGCGGCUAUUAUUUUCUGCGGCCUGAUCCUCGCAUACGCCGCGUACAACUCCGCGAACACGAGGUGGGGCGAUGGCUUCCAGGGCAUGAAAUUCCAGUUGGCAAAGAACAUCCUCAUAAGCAUGGAUGCCAAGCUCCACACCAAGAACUGGCGUCCUCAGCUGCUGGUGGUUACCGAGCCAAAGAUGAGGCCAUUGAGCUCCCUCGAGGGAUCUGCAUUACUCUUCCCGGACCUGGGCAUUUUGAAGAUCGCGUCCCAGCUGAAGAACGGCCGCGGCUUCAUCGUUCUGGGUGGCAUUUGCUGCCCCAAGGGCCCAGAGAAGCUUCUGUCGCAGGGCGGGCUUUUCCUCAGCGAGAAAAUGUCGGACCAAGUGGCGGAGAGCCACUUCGAAGUGAAAGAGCUCCUCAGAAAGUACAUGAUCGAUGGCUUUGGCAAGAUUGUCUAUUCGGAGGAUUUCACGACGGCUCUCACGGGCCUGGUGCAGUCGUCGGGGCUUGGAGCUUUCGAGCCAAACUGCGUGCUGGCUUCUUGGCCCAAGGACGCGCUUGAGCCCGGGCGGGCCGGUGUGAACACGCGCAGCAAGCUAGUCAACAUGGUCCAGAUCUCCGCCAUCUUCCAGAAGGUGAUGAUCCUGACAAAGGGGGAAGAAUGGCCUGAGUUCGAUGCGAGAAUAACUGGAACCAUCGACAUCUGGUGGAUUGUGGGAGACGGUGGCGUUCUGCUACUGCUGCCCUGCCUUCUGAAGAAGCACCGGGUCUGGUCUGGCUGCAGGAUUCGCUUAUUCGUUUUGGCUGAUAGGGCCGGCGAUGAUGUUGACCUCAUGCAGCGGGAGCUGGACAUGUAUGUCAGAGACUUCCGGCUCAAUGUGGAAGUGCACAUCAAGGUUGUGGACGAGGUGGUGGAAAGCGGCAUGUCGCCCCGCGUAGCAGCGGAUGCGCAGCGGUUUUUCGUGGAUCAGCCACCCGACGACGUUGUGCCCAGUGAGUACGAGGAGCUGGAAGCCGGAAUGCGCAAUCGCCGAGAGCAUCCGAAGGCGGAACAGUUUGAUCAGCCCACUCGCGUCACGAGUGGCCAAAGCUUGACGGACACGCUCAAGACGUGGCGUGGCCGACAGUUCCAGCGCGAGCGCUCUUUUGACAGCAGAGUUAGUGGUGGCUCCGGCGGGGAGAACAGCAAGAGCAUCAACUCCCACACCUGGUCUGCAAUGCACGGCCGCAAGCAGUUCCCGGAACGCCUCAAGGAGUGGAAUACUCCGCAGGACAACUUGGCCAUGAACUCCAUGACAGACCCAGGCCCCGGUCCCCAGGCCGUCGGAAAGGCGACGGCGAGGCCAUCGGUCGACCAACUGAACUUCACCGACGACCGUCAGACCCCGCACUCCAACGCCUUGGUGUCGGACAUCUCCGGGAGCAACUUCCAGCGUCAAGUGAGCUCCGACGGAAAGCGCACCCUUUUCCUGCACGAUGCACGUCAGCUGGCUGCCACAUCGCCGUGUUCCCCCGACGAGCUGUCAGUGGUGUCGACCUUGAACAAGGUCAUCCUCGAGGAGUCCCAGGAGGCCGACCUGGUGUGCACGAACCUCCCCGACAUGCCUCCAUCUGACAGCGCGCUGGGCUACUGCCAGCUCGUGGAGGCAAUGACAGCCAAUAUGAAGCGGGUGAUCUUGGUGAGAGGCGCAGCUAAUGCCAUCGUAGGCUGGUGCCUCAGGGACUGGCGAAGCCGGACACCUCUCUCCAUGAGUUUGUCCGCCUGCAUCUUUGGACCCUCCGUGUGGCUAAUUCGUCAAGCUGGGUUUGUGACCUGCGGUCAAUUGCAGGAAGGCUGCAUGCCUAUCCCACUGCUUGCCGAACAUGGCCUGCCACCAGAGGACUGGGCCUUCGUUCCUUUCGCUGUGCGUACUUCCUUUGCGGCGUAUGCACAGCGACGGCCCCGCGAGGCGCCUCGCGAGAUCUUGGCUUCUCAAGCCGCUCCCGGGACGAGGUCAAAGGCCUACUCCGAUCCUCCAGAAGCGGCAGGUCUGAAAGCGGACCCCUCGGCCAACGAGCUCCGAAGCCCGGAGCCUCAAGGCGCGCCUGCCUAG